UUGUGAAUGUUGCCGAAAGUGGAAGUGUGGAAUUUAUCAGCUGUUGAUUUUGUAAAUGUAAUCAUCUUAAGUUCAUCCAAUUUUAAACGUAAUUUAUUUUGCUUCGUGUUUAUAAAAUAAAACAUUUUCUACGUUUUGUAUACCCAUAAUGUAAUAAUGCGAACCGGUCGCAAACAAAAACAAAGAAGAAUUAAGCGUAGGGGCACAAAACAUAAUAAUACAAACGUUAGUGCGUCCGUUGUCACAGCUAGCGAUGCUAAUGGUUCUAUUUUGACAAAGCAGAAGGUUAAACGAAAAAAGGGAAAAGCGCGCAAAAAGUUCCAGCGUUUGUCUACAAAAGAAAAAUUAGCAGCGCGAAAAAUACUGGCCAAAAAAUUGCGAAACCGACAACCAGAGUCAAAAGAAGUUAGCUGGCCAAGCGGCAAAAUAAAAGAUAUUGCAAUGACCAAAGCGGACGAGACACCCACAACUAGCAGCAAUCGCAAAAGCGGUGGAUUUAAGAAAAUCCGGGAUAAUACGAAACGCCGUUUGCAACUGCGAAAAAAGCGACUGGGUCGAAGCGCCGCAAAUGGAGAUGCCACGAGUUCCAGCCAAAGAGUUUCCAAGAGACUUUUGCGUGCCAUAAGACGGCGUCAAUUACAAAAUGCAAAUAAAUCCAAAUUACAGCGUAGUUUGCGUAGUAAAUUGAAUUUGGCAGGAAAAAUCACAGCGCCAUCGUCCAACUUAAACAAUUUAACACUAGAAGAUGGUGAAAUAAUCUCGGAUGACGAGGUGAAUAAUGUGAAAGUAACCACGCAUACAACUGCGGACAAUGAUGAUGACUGCAUAUGGGUUGAGCCGCAGAUUGAGCAAAUCAUCAUUGAUGAUGAUGUACCCGAAACGUAUCGCAACAAAACCAAAAAUAACAAUACCUCCGGCUAUGUUUCCAUAAUACAGCGCAUAAAUGGGCGGAUGGGUACAGAAGCCACCACAAGCAAGUUGGUCACUUCAACGCCAUGUGGCCGGGCAACAGCAACACGAAAUUCUACACAAAGUAAAGCAGAAGAUUUCAGUGAUUUAACCAGCAUGUUUUAUGAAGAUGUCUCUAGAAUUAAUACGCUCGACACUAUUACCUCGGAAGACACUUUCUCGAAUUAUUCAGUGCUACCAGGUGCGGCGAGGAAUCAAAAAUCGACUGCGAAAAACCGUAGAAGAAACAAAAGCAAAAAUCAAACGGUUACCUCGAAAGAUGUCAUCGUACUGGAUGACACCUUAAAUGAUUCCACGCUAAAACCCUCGGCAAAUGCAGUAAAUAGCAAAAAUAAUGACGAGGAAAUGGACGAUUCCGUAAUAUUCAUCAGCGAAACAACACGAAAAGCGGAUAGAGCUGCGCAAGCAUUAGAUUUUGUGCCGCUCAGUAGUAAUGAUGUGCCGAAUCCCAUUGUCGUGCCUGUGAGCCCGCCUCGUACGCCGAGAAGAGCGGCUGUGAACAGUGGUCUCUUUACAACCAGCGAGAAAAAAUCAUUACUGGCGUACAAUAACAACACAUACAAUCCAAAUGCUGGCGAUCCAAAAGCGUCGCAGCAACAAAGCACUAAACGCUUAAUACUCAUCGAUGGCUGUAAUGUUGCAUUUAAUCAUGCCCUUAACAGAGAGUUUUCGGUCAAGGGUUUAAAAAUUUGUAUUGAUUACUUUGAAAAAAUGGGUCAUGAAGUCAAAGCUGUUGUACCACAAUUUCGUAUGCAUAAAUGCACCGAUUCCGCCGCUAUGUUCCAGUUACACAGUAAGGGCAAAAUUGUGAUGACACCUUGUAAAAAUUUACCCGGGAAAUUCACCAUUAGUUAUGAUGAUCGUUUUGUCUUGCAGCUGGCUGCUGAAAUGGAUGCAGCGAUUGUUUCCAAUGAUAACUACCGUGAUCUCAUAAAUGAAAAUGCCGCAUUCAAAAAACUAAUCGAGAAUCGCGUUAUCGGCUUUACCUGGUGCAAUGAUCUAUUUAUGGUGGCCAAAGAUCCGUAUGGCAAGUGGGGACCAUCAUUGCAAACAAUUCUGAAUAGAACGUAAACCAAAUACUUUUAAGUUUAGCAUUUUGAUACUACAGUUAUAGAAGUCUUACGCACUUAUUUAGAUAGCUAUACACUUUUUCAAACGCGGCUGAGCCCGCUUGUUGUAUAUUAAACGCUUCCGUUUUUAUAUUUUCAUGUCCUACCUUUUCGCUUGUAUUGAGACAAAAAAAAACUAAAAACAAAAGAAAAAAAAAUAUUGAGCACAAGCUUUGAUUUGAAUACUUCAUUUAUUAUAUUUUUUAUUUAUUAUUUAAAAUUCAUUUUAUAAAUAAAAAUGAAACAGAAGAAA